GGGGAACUCUGCACGGAGAACCGCCCAGCGUAGCGCCGGAGAGGACACCAAUCUGAGCGGGCGAGAGUUUCCAAAGAGUCGAAAGCACGCACGCUCACAGUUGAGGCAUAAUCACCCUGAGUAAGGCAUCCCCAGGGAGUAACCAACCACUUAGCCUUUUUCUUUCUUUCUUUUUUUUUUUUCACGAAAGCCCCAGCAUUUCGUCUCCAUCCACGCAGGGUGGAGCAGCCGGGCCGUGUACGCCGCUGCCUCUUGAGAAGAACCAUGUGACCGGCGGCAGGAAAAUGGUACCCCCCGCGGCGCACGAAGCAGCAAACGAAGCAGCAAGCGAAGCAGCACACGACACUCCUCCACACGUGCCCUGUGGGCCACACCGCCAGAUACGUACACACACAUGCGUACACCCACGUACGUAUUCGCUCAUUCGCCUACACGCACCACCGCCAGAAGAAGAGAAGACCGACGGGACUGCCAAACCGCCGCCACCACCUCCUCCUUUUCUUCCUCUCACCAACCAAGUGACGGAUGGAUAAAAUGACGGCCAUCCUGCCGCAGCGCGCGAUCCCCUACGUUGUGCUAACCGGCGCGUUUCUGUACAACCUGAAUAUAGGAAUCAUCAACUCGUAUGGCAACCUUAACAUCUACCUGACCUCCUACCUGAGACACAAGGGCCAGAAUGUAACCUACCGAGAUGUGUCCUUCAUAUACGAGCUGACGGUAAUCAUGCUGGGGGUAUCCAUGCUGAUUGGAAAUGUGGUGCAGAAGAAACUGGGAGAGAGGGCAACCAUCCUGACGUGCUGUUUCACAACGUUUGUUUCCUUUUAUUUAUCAUCAGUGUAUGCUCAUUCGUAUUUAAUGCUGUGUCUGUUCAUGGGGGUGCUGUACGGACUGGGGUACGGCAUCAGCUUCACCAUUCCGCUUUCCUGUGCAUACAAGCAUUUUAAAAAGAACCGAGGGCUGGUCAGCGGUAUUGUCAUCUCGGCCAUAUCCUUGAGCCCCUUCUUAUAUUGCCCUCUACAAACGCUGCUCAUAAAUAGGAACAACGUUCUUCCAGUGGAGAACAUCGCAGAUGGAGGCGGUGGACCCAGGGAACGUUACUUUGAAGAUCCCCAUGUACUCGGCAGAAUUCCCCAAGUGCUAUUCAUUCAGUCUGUAAUUUUUUUAAUUUUUGGUACGUGCGGUGGUUUCUUCGCAACGAUGGAAGUAAAGGGGAUGGACGUAAAUGGGGGGGGUGAAAAGCAGCUCGACAAUGGCAAUCACGACGUAGGGAAGAGUGGAAAACACGUCGAUACACAGGAAAGGAGCCUCACUGAUGUGGAGAGGAAUGACGAACAGACGAGAAUCACCACAGAGAAGCAGAAGGGAAACCAAAACGAUGGAACAAAUGAAGGAGAUAACUUGGGGUCCCGACUAGCCAAAUCUUUUAAAAAAAAAAAAAAAAAAAAAAUGGCUGGAAUGUUGAAUGAUGAAGAGGGAGAAGAGGGAGAAGAUGGGGAAGGCAUUCCAAAUGGAAAUAAAAAAAAAAAACAAAAAAAAACGAAAAACUUUAUCCUUUUCUUCCUAAACAUGUUAAACAUAAAUACAACGAUAUUUUCAGAUAACAAUGUGCAAAAGUAUUAUAACAAGAAAUGCACAGAAGAUGUUUUUUUUUUUUUCCUAUGGCUAUCUGUUGUGCUGUUCAAUUCGUAUAUCAAUUUUGUUAUUAUGUAUUGGAAAAUCAUUGGCAUCACGUACACCUCCAUGGAAGAUAAAUUCAUCACUCUGAAUGGCAGCUUUAUUAAUAGCAUGGCUAACAUCGCUGGCCGCUUGGUAUGGGGGUCCAUAUAUGACAAGCUACAGGUGCACAUCACUGUAACGUUGCUUGGGGCAUGCAUAUGUUGUGCGUGCUUCCUCCUGCCAGCCAUUGCACACAUAUACAUUUUGUACGCGUUCGCGUGCGCCCUUUUUUACUUCUGCAUCGGGGGGAGCCUAGUCACCAUCCCCAUCAUCACUCUGAAGAAGUAUGGCGAAUUACACUUUCCCCUGAACAUGUCCAUCCUGUAUACCACGCGCAUUGCCAACACCUUCCUCUGCAGCGUUGUCGUGCGGCUCUUUUACAGCUUGUUCACCCUGCGCUGCCUGAGCUCGGCCUUCGGCCUCAUUUCGCUCCUCGCCACGGUGGCCAUGUUCUUCCUCACGCAGUCGUAG